CCCAAGGUCUGCCUGACUAGGACCAUACCACUGAUCAGAAAAUUGGGGGAGGGUUGCUAAACCAGCCAAGCUGAAAAAAAUGAGCUUUUUUUUUUCAAAAACCUUUUGAAUAGAAACUCUCUGGUCUCUCCCCCGUCGCUUUCUCCCAAAUAGUCCAAUCCAAACCUAGAGGGGAAAGAGGGUGGGAGAGGGAGACAGCUGAUCAGUGCUAUGGUAUUCUGAGUUGAGAGAACAGAGAGAGAGAGAGAGAGAGAGAGAGAGAGGAAGCUGACAGAAAAAGAGGAAGACACUUUAACCGUCCGUGGAGAACAAACAGACAGCCGGAAGAAUUCAGAAGAGAAAACAAGAGAAUGUUUUAGAAUGAAGGUGACAAAACAACUGUGAGUGAGUGAGAGAGAAAGAGAGAAAGACAAGGAGGCUUGACAUCAAAAGAAGAAAACAAACGUCUUGAAAAUAAGCAAGUGGCAAGAAACGUGACUUGAGUGCCACGUGAAGUUUCCUGCUGCUGGAGAAACACAUCUCAAGAAGGAGAGGGAGAGGGAGAGAGGGGAAGACAAACACAGGACCAAGGAGACCAAGCUUGAAAUAAGAGGACGGAAAUUUUAAAAAGGAAGAAAUUGCGAUGAAAUGCGACCCGAGGACGUAGGAGGAUAGAGAGACUGAAAGACAGAAAAAGAGAGAGAGAGACACAAGCUCGACUGCUGAUCAGUAAAGACGUGUGUGUGCAUUUUUGAAAGAAGAGAUGUCGUGGUUGUCACCAAUGCAGUGGGCCAAAUGGACCUGGUCUGCCAUGAAAGGAGCAGAAGAGGAUGAGCAUGACGACAACGACGUCCAAAAUGGAGAGAUAGAAGAAGAUGAUGAUAAUGAGGAAGAGGAGAGAUCUCAGAGCUUCAGGCAAGUCAUCUCUAAAGACAGCAUGACUAAAGAUCAACAGGCAUUCAGGCUGGACAGCUCGGAUUCCGAGGGUCAUUUUGAGACGCCUGAAACGGCGUCACCUGUCCAUGAACCACUGGCACCAACCAAAAAUCUCAUCACAGAGGAGGACAUUGUGGCCAUUUCUGUAACUGCAGAGGUGAAACUUGCUAACCAGGACAGUUGUCCAAAACCAGAGACAGAUGAUUUGGACUGUAACAGCCUGCUUCCAGAAAUUCCAAAGAUGAAAUCUUCUCUCAUUCCUGAAUCCACAGAGGUGGAAGCAGUCUCACAAAGUCCUGUAAAUGUGGACGAUAUUCCUCUUCCCAAGAAAUCGUACACCUUUGAACCUGAUAUAAAGCAUCAUGUAGAAGACGAAUCUUUGAAAAAUGGACAAAAAGAGGACACUGAUAAAAAUCUUAAACCUACAGAAACAGAAGAGGGAUGUAACGUGGCCAGUGCUGCUCUAGCUGAAAAUUCAGAACACACGUCUACAUUCGAUGACAAGGAUGGAGAGAGCAAAAAGUCUCCGUCUCAGAAACGAGGAAAUAAAAAAGCUGGAACCAAACCCAUGUCUAAAAAAACCAAGCCCAAGGUGACGUCGGGAGAACACGACACACGUGCUGCUUCAAACGUGGAUGACAUUCCUCUCCCCAAAACUUCUUACAAUUUUGACCCGAGCCAGUGGGAUGACCCUAAUUUCGACCCUUUCGGAGGUAAAAGUAACAUCCAGAACUCUCAGACGCUCCCGAAAAUGUCGUACAAUUUUGAUCCGGAUAACUUUGACGAUUCGAUGGAUGCCUACAAGCCAACUAACAAGAUCAUUGGUAGCAGCGAUUCAGAGAGAACCAAUGAUGAGGAACCGAAGGUUGAACAGAACAAGGAGUGCCCUCUGUUGGAGGAGAGGAAAGUGAGGCAGUCGCCCAAGAAGAGCAAAGACAAGAUCAUUUCGACCAAUGAACAAGCACGCUUUCUCUGUUUGCUGCUGAACACAUGCAAAGUAAAGAAGUUUGAUAGCACAUCAUUAGUGCUGGACGUCUGCAAGCAGGUUGAGGAAGAACAGGAGGAGCCGGUACGUCACGCCACAGAUGAGGAGAAACUCGCAUCUACAUGCACGAUGCAGAAACAUGAUAAAACAUCAAAAGCAGAAGAUGAUGUGGAAAUAAAAAAAGAUCAUUAUCCUGAGAAGGAGAUAUGCACUCCUAGUGAGAGCUUGGAGAAGACCGGCCCCAACCUUGACUCCAUCGCGCUCAGUGAGAUGGACAAAGCCGCUGUUCUGAUUCUCAUCAGAGAGGAGAUAAUAGCGAAAGAGAUCGAGGCAAACGAGUGGAAGACGAAAUAUGAGGAGAGCAGAAUGGAGGUGUUGGAAAUGAGGAAAAUUGUGGCUGAGUAUGAGAAGACAGUAGCACAGAUGAUCGAAGACGAGCAGAGAAAGAACAUGGGCUCUCAGAACAGCGUCCAGCAGCUGAUAAACGAGCGGGAUCAGGCACUGUCCGAUCUGAACUCGGUCGAGCGCUCGCUCUCUGAACUGUUCCGCCGCUACGAGAACAUGAAGACCGUGCUGGAGGGAUUCAAGAAGAAUGAAGAAGUGCUGAAGAAGUGUGCUCAGGAAUAUUUAGGGCGCGUCAAGCAGGAGGAGCAGCGUUACAACACACUCAAAAUCCACGCUGAGGAGAAACUCGACAAGGCAAAUGAAGAGAUCGCUCAGGUGCGUACGAGGGCAACCGGUGAGUGUGUGGCGUUAAAUGCCAGCCUAAGGAAGGAACAGAUGAAGGUGGAGUCUCUGGAGCGAGCGUUGGAACAAAAGAAUCAAGAAAUCGAGGAGCUUACGAAGAUCUGUGAUGAACUCAUCGCCAAACUCGGCACAACAAACUGACCACUUUUUUGGAUUUAGAUUUGAGCUUACGUCCUGACUGAACCCCGCCCCCCUUCACUCAGCUCCGCCUCCAACAUAGUCCCGCAUGUACAAUAUGCCUGCCUGGAUCUCUCUCCAACAUCUGCAGCGUGGAAUUGCUGCAUCAGCUAAAGUAAUGUGCCUAUAAUAGAGACUUUUGAUUCCGAGACAUGGCGGUAACACGGUGAUCUGCACGAACCGCCAGCGCUAACUGCAGUUUUAAUGAUUCAUGCAUCUGAUCGAAUUAACACUUUUUGCCACGACUCUUGCUGCAUUUACCCCUGGCAUUAACAUGUGACCUGUAUCCAGAUGUUGUCCUCAUUCACUUUGAUAAGUGUAAACUUGCUUCUGAUCGGAAUGUUAUCCGUUCAGCGUGUCCUGGUCCAGAGGUAGUCAAGGACGCAUUGUGAUCAGAUCUCAGUGUAAUGUAAUUCACAGGACGACAUCACGCAAAACCCCCCUCUCUCUACCGCUGCAUGCAGCCGUGUGGCUUUGCAGUACAAUCAAUUGGGAAUACAUCACAAAUAUAGUGAUACGUUUGCCUGCACACUUGAAAGUUGAAUAACCACUCACCACCCACCACAGCUGCCGACGUUCAUGGUUCCAUAUGUUUCUUUUUACUGUUUACACAUUGAAAUCUAUCCACCUUAUUACUAACUGAAGCCUCCUCAUCCUUCCCAUUUGCAUUACUUGUAAAAUGUCUUGUGGCUAAAAUGUAUUUUAAAAGAAAAACCACCACUUCAGUCUGACUCGCUAUUGGGGCCAUCUUCUGCAGACUUACAGAAGUCAGUUGGUGUUUCCAAGUGUAAACGCUCCAUGUCCAGAUUGACUGAUGAUCCAAUCUGCUUGAUCAGCUUGCCAUGUUAAAGCCAAGUGUAAACGCAGCCUUUGAUUUAGUUUGGAUGCAGUGUGCUUCAUCUGUGAGGCGAAUGAGUGUGUGUGUGUGUGUGUGUGUGUGUGUGUGUGUGUGUGUGUGUGUGUGUGUGUCUUCCUUCCUUACAGUACAUGCACUUUGUAAUAUGUGUGUGUAUGAUAGAGAGAGAGAUAGAGAGAGAGAAAAAGUAUAAAAGAGAGAAACUAUAAGACUAUAUAUUUUUCCAGACUAAGACUUUUUUCCCCCAGUCAAAUUUGCCUUAGGCAUCAAAUUAGUUGUCAUGGAAACCAAAUGCUUAGAUAAUCGUAUUCACAUAGCUACUAGAAGAGAACUGAUGCUUGUAAGGAGUUACCACACAGUAAGGCACAAAGUGUUUUAUUGUUCUUUAACACAAUUUGCCAACACUAAUCUUUUUUUGUGUCGGAAAGUAAUCACAAGCAAAACCACUUACAUUAUAGCAGCUAUAAACAUAAUUCCCUCGACACUCUGGAAACUUGGUAAAUCUGUAUGCAAAUAUCUAUGCUGUGUGUGUGUGUGUGUGGGUGUGUGGGUUGUUUGAUUAACCCUUCCAGCCACUGGUAUCUCUCUUUCUCUCUCUACAACAACAGCAGUGAAAGUGCCAGUGCAAUCCAAUGACGCACACAUUUUAUUGUAAAUAAGAAUCGAUUACAUGUUUAUUUUGUAUUAUUAUAAAAGUUUAUGGUUCGCUCAUUCUGUGGGGAUUCGAAGCGAAAACAAGAAAGUCUUGCUAACAAAUGAUUAUAUCGUGUUCAGGGGUGUCAGUGUUCACACACUGGGCUUUGUGUUACAGUAAAAUUUUUAUGUUACAUUUAGUAAUGCACUAACCUUCCAGUACAGUACAGGACUGGUAUUAAGUCUGAAAUGUAGGCGGAGCUUAGAUUUUUUUUAAUUAGCCACAACGCUAACCUUUCUUUUCACUUCCUAAUGGUUUAAUGUGACUAAACUUUGUGGUGCAAGUAGCUGAUGUGUAGUUAGCCACUAAUACAUAUUUAAAUGAUCUAAUAAUACCAUUGUGUAAUUAAACAGAUUACAGCUACAGAUCCUGAGGUAAAAUAUUCGAAGCAGUAAUAAUAAAUCCGUAUGUCAAUAUUGACGUUACAAGAAAAUAACCAAGCUUGUAAUCGGCUAAUCAAAUAUAACCUAAGCUCCGCCCAUUCUUGAUUCUGCAAUACAUUUAAUAAUGGUUUAAAAUUAAUCAGGUGUGAUGUAACGCACAAUGAUACGAACUCUGAAAGUGAUCGAACUUGAUCUUUUAUUCAAUCUUUAUUUUAUUUUUAUGAAGGUAGAAAGAAACUUUUUAAUGCUUAUAAUUUGUAAAAGAAAACUUUCAUCUGAUUACAAUUUAAGCACUUCAGAAAUCAAGCGAAUCCAGAAUGAACUUGAGGAGUUUAACACAUUUUAUUUAUGGAUUGGAAUCGCUGAUUUGUCUUCAUGUUUUGUCUGUGUUUCAGAACUGCUUCCAAUAUGCCCUUAUUGACUUUCGUUCAAUCAAUUAGAUGGACAUUAGCCAGGAACUCCUGGAAGUCCUCUAGGAGGUGUUGCUGUGGUAUAACUUUGAAAAACAGUGGAUUUUUGUAAAUUGUUGAAUGAAAUUUUAAUUGCUUUGGAUAUAGGAGCUGAUAAAAUAGAGGUCUAAUAGCUAAUUACCACAUGAAAUAGAUAGCAAACUAGUUAUUUACUAGUUAUUUACUAGCUAGUUCAGCAGCUGAAUUUAAAGAACCAACAAAUACGAAUCAAUAAAUUGUACAUAUAAUA